UCCUCGUCUCGCUCACAGCUGUGCUGUCGACCUGUCUGGAGAAAACUGUAAUCUUCCACCGCCUCCACCCAGACGUGACCACUAUGUCGGACAUAUUUGUGGCUUUCCCGUCUGUAACGGCAAACAAUACUGUGAUAUUUGGGAAGAACUCGGAUCGUCCAGCAUCAGAGAUACAGGAAGUUGUCUACUUUUCUGGGGCACAACAUGACCCUGGCUCCAAGGUCAAGUGUACCUUUGUGGAGAUAGAACAGGUGGAGCAAACCUACAAUGUCAUCCUCAGUAAACCCACAUGGUGUUGGGGGGCAGAGAUGGGAGCUAAUGACAAAGGGGUGUGUGUAGGCUGUACAUCAGUGUGGACCAAGCUUUGUCACCAAGGAGAACAUGCAGAUAAACUCAUAGGUGUUGACUUUGUCAGACUGGCUCUAGAGAGGGCAAAAUCUGCAAGGGAAGGAGUUGAUGUCAUAACCUCUUUACUGGAAAAACAUGACCAAGGUGGUCAGAACACACAUGAUGUUAACUUUGGCCAGUGGACAUACAACAAUUCUUUCUUGGUAGUGGAUCACUCUGAAGCCUGGGUACUGGACACAGCUGGUCAAUUCUGGGCAGCCAAGAAAUUCACAUCUGGCGUCCUCAAUAUCUCUAGUGCAUUGUCCAUUACUACUGAGAUGGACUUAUCAUCUGCCGGGCUUACAGAGGCGGCUAUUUCUGCAGGAUAUUGGAAGGCUGACCAGGGUAACUUAAAUUUUGCUCAGGCAUUUGAUGCAGAGUUCUCUGGAUUAUCAUUGGCUGAGACCCAGUUGCCAAACAACCGAGUAAAAAGAGGCAAGGAACUUAUGGAGAAAAUAGUGGAUAAGGGCAAGUUUUUGCUGGAAAAUAUGAUGGAAAUUCUUAGGGACGAAGACGGCAGCAUCAAUUUCGCUGGUGACAUUUUAACAGUAGGAAGCCAAGUUUCGAUGUUGACUGAACCAGCAUCGCCAUCACCUGACAGCCAUUGGUUCACAUGCACACCCAACACAUCCGUUUCAGUCUUUAAGCCAUUUAUCUUCUGCCCGGACAUUGACAUCGGCAAUAUUACAGUUGCAUCCUCUGUUGACAAACAUCAUAAACUGUAUGAUGCUCAUGAAAAGAAGCGAACAAUUAUGGAGGAAAAAUGUCCAUCUGGUGAGAAACUGCGUGGGAUUAUGAUGGCCUUGGAGCGGCAGUGUUUGAAUGACAUACAGGAUUACCUGCAGAAUUUUCCAAAAGAUUUAGUUAAUGAGUCACGUGACCUUUUCAAGGAUGUUGCUGAAUCAGAGGUCAAGUUUUACCGAUAAACAAACCAUAAAAAACAAGCAAAUUUGUGAAAUUACGUUUGUGCUUUAUAUCUAAUCGAUAUCAGAUUCCAAAGGGAAACAGAUUUGAUUUGAGAUAUUUUCUGGAGAUUUUGAAAAUUCUUUUUGCUUAAUAUAUAGAACAUCAGCAUGCCACUAUUAUAAGUACAUUAUAUAUGCACAUAUAAAUGAGUGGGCUUUAAGUGUUCCAUCAUAAUUUUUAUCUUCUGAAGACUCGCGGUCACAUGAAUAUAUUUCCAUGAAACCAGCUAUACUCCAAUUCCAAAACUGUCAGUUAUGUCUUCAAAAUUUGUUGGUCACUUCUGACCAUUACUGUAGUGUCUGUUAUCAAUUGUAGUUAUGUAUUCAGGAUGUGACAAUCAUCAGUUAAUCAAUUAUAUCAAAACACUUUAUUAAUAAGCAUAAUAUAUCAAUAUCCAUGAUAUCAAAAGCUGGUUAUUUUGAAUAUCUGGACAAUUCCAAAUAUAUUUUGACAUUUGGUUGUGUUUGACUUCAGCAGGUUAUAUUAUAAGGGUGCAGAAACAUUCCACUUUCUUGAAUUCAUGCCUAGUUUUAGUUGUUAGUCUAGACUAUUAAAUAUGUAGGUUUCUUUGGGAACAUUUGGCUUGUACUAUUUAUCUGCUGUUGGAAUUUAAUAGGUCUCCCACCAGUACUGCUGGAGAGGAGUAUUUAGAUAAUUAGUAAACUAUUAUCCGUCCUUCACAAUCUCUAUAUCGUAAUCAAGUUUGUUACAUUUAAUGUACAUAUUUGGAUAUUUAAGUGUUUUACACCAAAAAAGGGUCACAUUAACCUUAAUUAUAUAAAUAUUGCUUCCAGAGGUAUUAAGCCCCUACUGAACAUUUCCUCGCCACCAGAAUUUACAAAUAGCUUUACUAGGAAAUACAUACUAUGUAGAUGAUAUUUGUUCAAACUGUUUUGUCUGGGAUCACCAAGUACCUUUAUAAGAUCAAAUGUUGUAUACUGAAACUAAAUCUAUAAGAUUAUUACACAAUUAUUAAUUCACUGGCGUCAUCGCCCUUACUGAAGCAUAACUUCUGCAAGGAGCACCAAACUUUGCACAGGGAAUGUAAAAAGUAGGUCACUGUGACCAUUAUAUGACUUCCUAUGUUUCUUGUAGGUCACAAUGGCAUUUAAAAGAUAAUUUGUGAUUCUUGUAGAUCACUGUGACUAUUACAUGACUUUUGACCAUACUAGGUCACUGUGACCUCAAUAUGGCACUGACUAUAUAUGACCUUUAACCGUUUGUAUAUUACUGUGACCUUCAUAAAACCAUCGACCAUUCUAGGAUAUUCCUAUGAUUAUUUUAUAACCCAUGACUUUCUUGUAGGUCACCGUUCUAUCUAUAUGACCCAUGACUUUCUUGUAGGUCACCAUUAUAUCUAUAUGACCUUUGACCAUUCUUGUUAAGUCACUGGAACUUUUACAAGACCACAUCAUGAAUAAUAGAUCUGGUCUUGCGCUCCAAAGAUCUGCUGCAUGUAUAGUUAGUACUGUUGGCUUUAGUACAUGUAACUGAAUCAUCAGGUGGAGGACUGUAUAGAUGAUAUAUAAUAACAAUUCAUUUGUUACACUUAGUUUGAUUUUCUUGACACUGCUUAAAAUUAGUGUGUCUUUUAAUAAUCUGUAAGAACUUUUAUUUAACAUGAAACCUGAUCAACUUUCAGAUCUAGAAUUGUGAAUAGUUUUAUGUUUUUACGAAAUAAUGAAUACAUUUUAUUUUCAAGUAAUUUCAAAGCAAAUUACAUCUAUUCUUACCAUAUACAUGUACCACAAGCUUAUUUAUCAAAAACUUGUCUUUUUAAUUAAAGUAUUAGUGAUGAUCAACAUAAUACCAUAUUAUGGCUUUGCUUCAUCACCUGCAAAUUUCGCCAUUUCAUGUCAAACUUAAAACCAGAAUGUCUAAUUUUAGUCACAUUUUUUCUGUAUUGAAAAGCAGAAGCUAUAUCUCUAAAUGUAACUCUUUACUUACUUGUAAUAAACAAAUAAGUAUUUGCCACAGUCUUAUAGAGAAAAGAGUUAAAUAGGAAGGGACAAAACUCUUGCAGAGGGCCAGUGUAGUAUACAGCAUGGACUGCGAAUAUUGAGUAAACAAGGAAAUGCAUUGAACUACACAACACCACCAUUAUAUUAGACAGUGAUGAAGUUUAUAGUAUGCUGUAAUUCUCGUGAUAUUUUAUGAUGUUCAACUUGAUAUACGCCCAGAAUAUCAUACUUUUUGCAGAAUCCUUUACAGAAUGGCAAAACCUGGCAAAACUUUCAUAGUGAAAGUUUUUGUCAAUUUCAUUGGUAAACUGCAGAGUAAAGAGUGUUCAGGCCAGAAAAUCCAAAGGGGAUGGCUUAAAAGUUUGGAUAUUUUUGGUUGGUAUUUUGAGAGUAUUUUACUGACUUAAGAACUCAUGUUAUUUGUUGAAUGUAUAUUUAAAUAUUUAGUCCAGCUUUCUUUGCAUAGGUUGUAACUAUUAUGUAUUGUAUAUUUACCUGUAUGGAUUGGUAAACUUGGAAUCACCCUCUGCUUUGAAAGUUCUAAAAUUAGGUGUUGUAUUUUGCAUAUACAUCCAUCAAAUUUGUGAUAUACCAUUAUAAUGAAGCGAAUUUUUGCUCAUAUUUGAUUGAAGAUGUAGGAUGCAUAUUUACAAAAAUAUAUAUUAAGUUAUAAUAAUGGAAAUGUGAUAUGCAUAAUGCUUAUGUUGGAUGUCUUUUGACCUGUGUAGAAAUACAGCUAACAAAUCUGA